UGUUGGUAGAUGCAGUAUGAUGCAUAGCUCUGAGUUUCUCUUGUUGACAGUUAGCUCGAGCAGAAAGCGCCGGACAUACUGACGUAUGCUCCGGCUUCACGUUCUACAUCAUGAUAUUACGGGUUUGGCGAGCUGAACCUGUCAAUGAUCGUCAUCAUGCAUGGAAACGGGACAUCGUAGCAUUGACUGGUUGUCGUAGGGUCGCAGCAGGCUUGGGGCUCUUGUAGGCGUCGUAGAUGCCGUGACACUUUUGCUUCCUGAAGGUUCGCCAAGCAGUACUCCAACUCUUCGCCUCCUUGGUUUCACCACACGACAAGGUAUAGCACUCUUGAGGCUAUUCUGCAGAUUCAAGAUAGGAAAAUACAAUGUUGAUCUAGUGAAGCCCGCAAUCACAAUCAAGGAAGACGUCCAAAUGCAAGCAGAAGGCCAGGAUGACACGUUGGAUGAGAGGCACACUUUUGAAUAAGGAUGACUUUCAUGGCUGAUAUGACUGAAAGCGUACUCUCUAAAUGUCUAUAUAAACUCCCUUCUUCUCCCUUUAUCAGACAUUAAACUGCUCUCAUCAUCAACAUCAACAGUUACUCCAGCAGUUCCAACUCAGCCUUCCAAACAAUCGAACACCUUCUUGCUUUUCAAAACAACCAACUCUUCCACCGCCAAAAUGCAGUUCUCCAGCCUCAUCACCAUCCUCACCGUCGCCAUGACCGCCGCUGCUCUCCCCGCAGCUGACGUCGCCAACAAUAAUGUUGUCGUUGCCCGCACUGGCGGCGGUGACGGCAGUGGCACCCCCGUCAACCAGUGCUCCGUCAACAACGAGAAGCCCUUCUGCUGCAACCCCGCCCCCAUCCUCGGCAUCCCGAUCGGCUACCUUAGCUGCGUCCUCGGCGUCAUUGGCGGUACCUGCUCCGGUGUUGUCAAGUGCUGCAACGUUGACGCUCCUGCCUCUGGCUCCAUCACCCUCAACGUCCUCACCUGCGGCAUCUUGUAAAUGCGGUCAUGGUAUAAUCUGCUGCAGUCAGAUUUGGACGCCUGAAGGCAACAACAGCAAUGGGUUCUGGAGGACUGUCUUCGGGAUGGCAAACCUGGAAGGGUUGCUGGUGCUGGGUUGUAUGAAAUACUUUCUGUUUUUCAUCUCACUCUUUCUCUCGCUUUUCAGGCCUGGCAAGGGAAGAGAGGGGUGGAAACAUGUACGGUCUUUUUUUGCAUUUGAGCGAAGCGAUGUAUCUAGUUUAGCUAGCGGGUUUUGCAGCUUUUCAUUUGUUUUUUGAAUCUGAUGUCUUUGCCGGCUUAUA